AUGGAGCAGGGCACGACGUUCACCAACACAGUGACCGACCAGUAUACUCUGCGGAGGAUCGACAAGAUGCGACCCAUCCACGCGAUUGUCGUUGCCGCCCUGUCACUUGCGGCGACAGCCGUGGAAGACAACAAAGCCACCGGCAACGACACUCAAGGAUGGGCCGCCGACUGCGACGCUCUCAGCUCAAGAUGCCAGACGACCUCCGUAGCCGACGGCAACCACGACAACGGAAAAGACAAAAGGCUGCACGUGAUGAACUACCUGAGAAAACUGAUCCAAUCGGACCUCCCACCGGGGAGGCUCUACGGGAACGGGCGGCACAUCGCCUGCUACCAGCACGCCAACGGGCCGCACGGGUUCUGCCUCUUCUUCGAAAACUUCCCCCACGGCACGAACCACUCCAUCGGCGACAUCAUGCACGCCUUCGACGCAAUGUCCGACCCGCAUAACGCGUACGCGAGGGCCUGCCACGGGAGGUGUGGCAGGGGCUGGAACAAAGCCUGGAAACACGGAUACCUCAAGCUCGACUACGUGACCAAGUCUUGCAACGGUGUCUGCAAGUAG